AUGGAGAAGAAGAACAAGAAGUGUGAAAAAGAGUAUGUGAGAUUCUGGAGGAAAGACUGUGGUCCGGAGAUGAACUAUGAUGUGUGUUGCUUAUAUCACCGUGAUGGAGAGUUGCUUCUAUGUGACGGCUGUCCAUCAGCAUUUCACUAUACUUGCCUCGGAUUGUCGAGUCUUCCCAAGGAAAAGCUAUGGUUUUGUCCUUGUUGCUGCUGCGAUGUCUGUGGAUCAAUAGAGACAUCAGGAAACAUAAAGUUGAUGACUUGUGAGCAGUGCCAAAGAAGGUUCUGUAGUCAUCAAUGCAGCAGAGUCACUUCCGCACUAAAGAGUCUCCUAGGAUGUAAGAUUGCAGUUGGCGACGAGGGGGAUUUAGUUUGGACACUGAUGAGAGCUCCAAAUGAGGAUGAGCACUAUGCUGAUGAACAGAUCUCAAAGCUAGGUUCUGCUGUUAAGAUACUUCACCAAGGGUCCGGGAGAGACCUUGUUGAGGAACUGAUAUUCAAGAAAGAUGAUGUAGGCGUGGGUCGAGGGUUCUACACGGUUAUGAUCGAGAAGAACAACGAGCCAAUUACGUGGCUGCAGUGA